CACCCGCCACUGGGGAUGUGCCGGCAACCAAGGUACUUGCCCUUGACCGGAAUCAACCUGGGACCCUUUAGUCCGCAGGCCGAUGCUCUAUCCACUGAGCCAAACCAGUUAGGGCGACGUAGCUCUCUUUUAAGGCUGAGUUACUGGAAUAAUAAUGAUGAAACAAAAUAAAAAUAGACAGUAGGAUCCCCUUUCAAAGAGAUGUCCAUGUGUCAGCUUCAGAGUAAGAAACCCACAUGUUUAUACAGUUAUUUAUAUGUAAUGUGGUUUUCAUUCACUAUUUUAUAAAGAUCUGCAUACAUUUGUUUCCUUGCUGUAAUCAUACAAGGACAAUGAAUGAAAUGCUGAAACAAUAAAUUGUAUACCAUACGGAUUCAAAACAGUACUUUUCUGUUGCCAGAGUUGGCAUGAUGGACUUGUGAAAGAAUUCCCUCACAAGUACCAGGUACAGGGUAGCUGGUGUCCAGGCUAAUGUUAGUGCCUAAUUGCAUUGUUCCCAUAGGGCUGUUUCCCUCAAAACUUGCAAACUAUUAACCUUGACCCUCAUUAAGGACAUUGCUAGCAUUUUAAACUUACUAGUUUUCUGUGUAUAUUUUAGUGCUAUAGACUGCAAUUCCAAAUUAGACUUACUUUUAGUAUAUCACUUUACACUGUUGAUCUAUAAUUCAUCACCUGAGCACACCAAGGGAGGCAGUGUUGUGAACGGUACACUGUAAACUACUUGGUGGAACCAUGCUUUGUAUUUUAAAGUGUAUAAUUAUAUUUAAAAUCAAGUAAGACUUAGAUUUGUGCCUGAUUUUCUUUGCAAAUAUGGAUUUGUUAUCUGAGGGUUGCAGUUGAUGGAUAUUUGGAUACUAUAUUAAUAUGUUUGCGGCUGCUACCAAGAGCUUUGUCAAGCAAGUUGGAGAUGGAGGGAGAUUAGUUCCUGUUCCAAGCCUCAGUGAAGCGGACAAAUACCAACCUCUAAGUCUGGUGGUGAAAAAGAAGCGAUGCUUUCUGUUUCCUAGAUAUAAAUUUACCUCGACACCUUUUACACUGAAAGAUAUUCUUCUAGGAGACAGAGAAAUUUCAGCUGGUAUUUCAUCUUAUCAGUUACUGAAUUAUGAAGAUGAAUCAGAUGUUUCACUCUAUGGAAGGCGAGGCAACCAUAUUGUGAAUGAUGUUGGGAUUAACGUUACUGGAUCAGAUUCUGUUGCAGUAAAAGCUUCAUUUGGUGUAGUAACUAAACAUGAAGUGGAAGUUUCAACGUUACUCAAGGAAAUUAGUUCACGAAAAAUUAAUUUUGACCACAGCUUGAUACGUCAGUCAAGGAGCAGCAGAAAAGCAGUAUUGUGUGUUGUCAUGGAAAGCAUUCGAACCACACGACAGUGCUCACUGUCUGUGCAUGCUGGAAUUCGUGGGGAGUCCAUGCGGUUUCAUUUUAUGGAUGAACAGAAUCCCAGGGGAAGGGACAAAGCUAUUGUUUUCCCAGCACACACAACCAUAGCUUUCAGUGUUUUCGAACUCUUCAUUUACUUGGAUGGUGUCUUUGACCUUUGUGUCACUUCAGUGUCAAAAGGAGGAUUUGAAAGGGAAGAAACAGCAACGUUUGCCGUGCUCUACAGAUUGAGAAAUAUACUAUUUGAAAGAAAUAGAAGAGUGAUGGACGUCAUUUCUCGUUCCCAGCUUUACUUAGACGACCUUUUUACUGACUACUAUGAUAAACGUUUCAGCAUGACUGAUAUUUCACUCAAAGAGGGGACUCACAUCCGUGUUAACUUACUUAAUCACAACAUUCCAAAAGGACCUUGCAUACUCUGUGGGAUGGGGAACUUAAAAAGGGAGACGGUUUAUGGGUGCUUUCAGUGCUCUGUCGAUGGGCAGAAGUAUGUGAGACUUCAUGCAGUUCCUUGUUUUGAUAUUUGGCACAAGAGAAUGAAAUAAAAUGAAAAAUGAAUGCACUCUGCUGGUGUUUAAGGUUCAACUGUGCCACACACCUUUCCAAAAAUGAAUUGUGACAAAUUAAAGAGGGAAAGAAGUUAA